CCCGGCCCCGGCCCCGGCCCCGGCCCCGGCCCCGGCCCCGGCCCCGGCAGCGAGCUGCUGCUCCCGGAGCCCUACGACGUGCUGUUCGACGUGGCGGUGGAAGCGUACAACAGGGCGGACUGGCUGUCGGUCAUCCUGCACAUGGAGAAGGCGCUGCGCAGCAGAGCGCUGCUCCGCCAGGCGAAGGCGCGCUGCCGGCUCCGCUGCGCCAACCAAACCGCCUUCGGGGAGCCCCUGGCCGGCGUGGGGGUGCCGGUGCCCGGCCUCGGCUCCGUGGAGGACCUGGGCUUCUUCCACAAAAUCCUCAGGCGGGCGGAUUGUGUGAACUCCUGCGAGACGGAGAAGCUCGGCUCGCCCACCCUGCACCACGUCUCCGAGGAAGUGGAGCUGGAGUUUAAGAAGAGGACGCCGUAUAACUAUUUACAAGUCGCUUAUUUCAAGAUCAACAAACUGGACAAGGCAGUGGCGGCGGCCAACACUUUCUUCCUGGCCAAUCCCGAUCACAUGGAGAUGAAGCAGAACCUGGACUACUACAGGAUGAUGGCGGGAGUACGGCCGGAGGACUUCAAGGAUCUGGAGACCAGGCCACACAUGGCCGAGUUUCUGCUGGGGAAACGCGACUACAGCGACGACACUUUUGGCCCGGCGGCGGAGCAUUUUGAAGUAGCCUUGGAGGAAUACUUCACGGCCGACAAGGAAUGUCGAGCUCUGUGUGAGGGAUCCUACCGCUACGAUGGAUACAACUACAUGGAGUACAGCGCAGACCUGUUCCAGACCGUGACGGAUCACUACAUGCAGGUGCUGAACUGCAAGCAGCACUGCUCUGUGGAGCUGGCCUCGGCGGCGGGCAGAGACAAGCCCUUUGAAGACUUUCUGGCCUCUCAGUUCAACUACUUGCAGUUCUCCUACUACAACAGUGAAAAGUAUGAAAAAGCGAUAGAGUGUGCUCGGACGUACCUGCUGUUCCACCCUGCGGACGUGGUGAUGAACCAGAACCUGAAUUAUUAUUCUGUGGUGCUGGGCGAGGAGCAGGCCAAGGGCAUCUCGGCCAGACAGGUGAUCAAACAGUACAUCCAGCAGUCUGUACUGGAGAAAGAGCUGCUCUACUUCGGAUACGAAGCCUUCGGGAUCACCUUCGUAGAUCCGGACCCGUGGACGCCUGAAGAUGUCAUGCCGCAGAAGCUGAGAGACAAACAGAAGGCGGACAAAGAGACGGCAGCGAGGAUCACGGAGGAGAUAGGAAACCUGAUGAAGGAGAUUGAGACUCUGGUUGAAGAGAAGAAGAAGGAUUUCUCAGAUAUGGCCAAUAUGAUAGUACCGCAAGAGGGAGGAGCUCUGCUGUAUGACGAUAUCAAGGUGACCAUGGUGUCCAGCCAGCUGAACGGCUCUCAGCGGGUGCUGCUGGACGGCGUGAUCAGCGAUGACGAGUGCAGGGAGCUGCACCGCCUCUCCAACGCGGCCGCUCUGAAAGGCGAUGGCUACAGGGGGCGGCCUUCCCCGCACACGCCCAGCGAGACGUUCCAGGGAGUCACCGUCCUGAAGGCCGUCAAGCUCGGACAGGAGGGGAAGGUCCCACUGAAAAGUGCGCGCCUGUUCUUCGACCUCAGUGAGAAAGUGAGGAAGGUUCUGGAGUCGUACUUCCACGUGGAGAAGCCACUCUACUUCUCCUACUCCCACCUGGUCUGCCGGGCUGCCAUUGACGAGGAGGAGGAGCGGCAGGACUUGAGCCAUCCAGUUCAUGUGGACAACUGUGUGCUGGUGUCCGAGCUCAACGAGUGUAUAAAAGAGCCUCCUGCAUACACACACAGAGACUACAGCGCCAUCCUUUACUUGAACGACGACUUCGAAGGAGGAGACUUCAUUUUCACAGAGCUGGAUGCAAAAACGGUCACGGCUGAGGUGCGGCCACAGUGCGGUCGGGUUGUCGGGUUCGGAUCUGGGAAGGAAAACCCUCACGGCGUCAGAGCCGUGACUAAAGGUCAAAGGUGCGCCGUGGCGCUCUGGUUCACCCUGGAUCCUGCUCACGAGGAAAAGGAGAGAAUUCAGGCUCAGGAGAUGCUGAAUAUGUUUUCAACGCCUGUGAAUGCAGAGUUUAGUCAGAAAGAGGUGAAUGACACGGCCGAGCCUCAGUCAGUCGGACCGAGCGCUGCCCCGCAGGCUGACCAGGCGCCAACGGAAGAAAAACAAGGCGGUGAAGCAUCAGCACCGAAGCUGGACGCGGCGGCGGCAGCCGAGGCCGAGGCCGCUGCCAAACCCGUCGAGCUGCCCAAGACGAAAGCAGGUGCCGAAAAAAAGGCUAGUAAGGGCAAGACUGCGCCUAAAACAAAGACCAAAGCUGGAAACCAAGCAAAGGCUAAGACAACGGACAAAGUCAAACCUGCUGUCAAAAAAGAUGCAAAACAGACGGUGAAAACACAAACCAAGCAGGUUAAUAAAAAGAAGACGAAGCCUGCGGCGAGCCCGACGGCAGCGGCUGCCUCGGAGGACACGCCGGCCCCCACGCCGGCCCCCAACCCUCAGACCACCAGGGUGGAGCUCUGA